UAAGCUGCUUGGACUCCAUUUCAUCUCUCAUCCUUCCAUCUCCAAGAUUUCGGCAGCUUUUGCACUUGCUUGUUAAACUGAAAUCAUGUUUCUUGCAAAGGCUAUAUUGGAAGGGGCAGAUCGAGGUCUUGGAGAAGCUCUUGGAGGCCUUCUUGGAGGAGGCGGUCAGAGAAGAGGAGGCGGAGGCGGAGGAAAUAUUGGAGGGAUAGUUGGAGGAAUUGUGAACUUUAUCAGUGAGGCUGCAGCAGCUCAGUAUACUCCAGAACCACCUCCCACCCAGCAGCAUUUCACCUACGUGGAGGCCUCAGAGAGUGAGGAAGUCAGGCGGUUUCGGCAACAAUUUGCACAGCUGGCUGGACCAGACAUGGAGGUGGGUGCCACCGACCUGAUGCAUAUUCUCAACAAAGUCCUUUCUAAGCACAAGGAUCUGAAGACCGACGGCUUUAGCCUUGACACCUGCCGGAGCAUUGUGUCUGUCAUGGACAGCGACACAACCGGGAAGCUGGGCUUUGAAGAAUUUAAGUACCUGUGGAACAACAUCAAGAAAUGGCAGUGUGUUUAUAAGCAGUAUGACAGGGACCAUUCCGGGACUCUGGGAAGUUCGCAGCUGCAGGGAGCUCUGCAGGCAGCAGGCUUCCAGCUAAACGACCACCUUUACCAGAUGAUCGUGCGCCGCUAUGCUGAUGAGGACGGAGGUAUGGAUUUUAACAACUUCAUCAGCUGCCUGGUCCGCUUGGAUGCUAUGUUUCGUGCCUUCAAGUCUCUGGACAGAGAUGCAGACGGCCUGAUUCAGGUGUCUAUCAAAGAGUGGCUGCAGCUGACCAUGUAUUCCUGAAGCGGGCACUGAGAGCACAAGACCCUCCCUGGAGAACAGGACUUCGGAAAGCCGUGCCAUGCUGUCCGCACGGUUGCUGCUACCCUGUCCAACGGCUGUCAUUUCCCGGCAAGCUCACUCCCAACCCUACAUGUUUUUGAUCGUGUGCUACAUUUUGCUGCUUAAUUAAAGCACAUUUUUCAU